UCCCAAAAAACUCUUUCUUCUUCUUUCCCAUCACAUCUUAAAUAAAGAUACAACACAAAAAGAAAAAGAUCUUGUAUGAGCCAGAAAUUCACUGGCCAAGAAAAUAGAAGCUUAAGCACUCGAUCGUUUCCCCUUUUUUGCAUUCUUCAAUUGGUAAGCAGCUUUAGCUUGUUUUAAUCAAACUAGAAAACCCAAAUCUUGCGGUUUAGCUUCUUGAAAAACCCAUUUUGUUUGUAGUUUGUAUACCAAUUGUUAUCAGCAGUUAGUAUUCCUGAAGUGAUGAGACGAAAACCCAAGUUAUCUUGAAAAACCGAGGUGGGUUGCAUCAGAUCCAUGAAACCCAGGUUCCAUGUGUUAAAAUCUUAAACAAAAUUUCUAUCUUUUUGGGGGUUUCUCUUCGAUUUAUGGUGGAUUCGAAUUUUUAUCGUCAUAGAUUGAUGAGUGAAAUUUAUUCUUGGUGUUCCGUAGUAAAUCUGUGAAAUUAGGACUUGAAGUUCUUAUUUCGUUCUUUCAUGCGAUUUGAAGGAUCGUGAAUCCUCAAGAUAGAUGUUAAAGAAUCCCAAAAGUUCUCUUUAGGGUUAUCAGAUCCAGUAUUUCACACCACCAGAUCUGUUAACCAAUUUGUAAUUGGUCAACUCUAGGGUGUUUUGCUCCUUAUAUUAUUGAUGAAGUAAUUAAGAGGUUAGCUAGUGUCAAAAGUAAAAAAGAUGGGUUUGAUAGAAGAGAAAGCACCUUCAUCCGUUUCAGUUGCAAUUAGCUUAACAAGUCCGAUAUCCAAAAACCCAAUGGAAUUCAGUCGUAUCACACUACUAACUGGGACCUGUGAUGGAUCAACAAGUAAUCUGAAUAUCAAAAUCCAAGAAAGUGGAAGCAAACAUGAUGAUAUGAUGCUUCAAGAAAGCAAUCCAGAUGAAAUCAUGUCAAUUGGGGAUGCAAGUUCAAUUAGUCUGCCGAUUACAGUUGCAUUCAAGGGUAUAGAUAAGGGACAGAUAGUUGCAGAAGUAAUAAGUGUGGGGAAAGAAUCGAUAGAGAAUGCAAUUGGGCAUACUUUAAAAGCAUCAAUGGUGGUUCUUGCUGAUAAGAAUCAUAGAAAAAGCGUAAGAAGUGUUUUUGAAUUGGAAUAUGUGCCAUUUUAUGGUUUUCACUCUGUUUGUGGUAAAAGGCCAGAAAUGGAAGAUGCUGUUGCUACUGUUCCUCAGUUUAUGAAAAUUCCUGUUAGAAUGUUGGCUGGUGAUCGUAUGAUUAAUGGAGUGAAUCCGAAUUUGAAUGAUUUGACUGCUCAUUUCUUUGGAGUUUAUGAUGGUCAUGGAGGCUACCAGGUGGCCAAUUACUGUCGUGAUCGUGUCCAUAUUGCAUUAGAAGAAGAGAUCAAAGUGAUGAAGCAAGAACUGGUUAAAGGAACCAUGAAUGACACAGUACAAGCUCAAUGGGAGAAAAUCUUCACUAAUUGCUUUCAGAAGGUUGAUGAUGAAGUUGGUGGAAAAACAACCGGAAUCAUGGAUUCCUCUGAUCCCAUAGCCCCAGAAACUGUGGGGUCCACUGCUGUUGUGUCGUUGAUCUGUUCAUCACACAUUAUAGUUGCAAAUUGUGGUGAUUCAAGAGCUGUACUUUAUCGUGGCAAAGAAGCCAUCCCUCUGUCAACUGAUCAUAAGCCGAAUCGGGAAGAUGAGUAUGCAAGAAUCGAGGCUGCAGGUGGGAAAGUCAUACAAUGGAACGGACACCGUGUUUUUGGCGUUCUUGCAAUGUCAAGAUCUAUUGGUGACGGGUAUUUGAAGCCAUGGAUAAUACCCGAACCAGAAGUCACGUUUACUCCACGGGCUAAAGAAGAUGAGUGUCUUAUUUUAGCAAGUGAUGGAUUGUGGGAUGUAAUGUCAAAUGAGGAAGCAUGCCAAGUGGCAAAAAGAAGGAUUCUUAUUUGGCACAAGAAGAAUGGUGGGGCCCCAUUUGAAAGGGGUGUAGGGGGAGUGGACCCCGCAGCACAAGCAGCAGCCGAUUACCUAUCGGUGCUUGCUCUUCAGAAAGGAAGUAAAGACAACAUAUCUGUGGUUGUGGUGGACCUCAAACCACAAAGGAGGUUGAAACCAAAACCUUGAGAAUAUGUUUAUGUGUUCACCCAUAGUUAUUAAGUGAUAUAGGGUUUGUACAAUUUUAAAGAAAGAAGUGGUCAUCUCUCUUUGUUUACAUAACACUUGGUCCUAAUGUUUGUAUGAGAAAUGCUUUACUUAUUUGCAUGAUCUCUCACACAUAAAUAAGACAGGUGGAUCUACUAAGUUGCCUUGAUAA